CUCGCUCUCACGCACUGACUUGACUGCGCCUGGUUGCUACCAAACCUGCAAACUCCAAUUCCUCCAUUGCUUUUGCCAUUCUUUGGUCCCAUCAAUCUCAGUAACCUGAUUCAUCCUGGAUCAAAUCAGUUCAUCCCUUUCAUCUCACCGUUGUCCUCUGUCGUCUCUGUGGUCCAUCUCUCCUCUCAACACACAAUAACCAAUCUCUUUUACCCUAUCAUCAUGGAUCGUGGUUGCUACACAUGCGGUGACUCGUCUCACCAGGCUCGUGAUUGCCCUAAGAAGGGAAACCCUACCUGCUAUAAUUGUGGAGGCGAAGGCCACGUCAGCCGAGAGUGCACCGCAGCUCCCAAACCCAAAUCUUGCUACAAAUGUGGACAAGAGGGUCAUCUCGCCCGUGAGUGCCCUACCGCUGCUGGUCCUGGUGGCGCUGGAGCUGGCGCUGGCUGGGGCAGCGGCGGUGGAUAUGGAGGCGGCCCUUCCUACGGAGGUGGUCCCUCUCGGGAAUGCUAUCGUUGUGGCGGUCAAGGUCAUAUAGCACGUGACUGUACUUCUUCCGGCGGUCAAGGCGGGUACGGCGGUGGCUAUGGCAGCCGUGGCGGCGGCGGGCAGACUUGUUACUCCUGCGGCGGUAUCGGACACAUGUCUCGUGACUGCACCCAAGGUCGAUCCUCCAAAUGCUACAACUGUGGCGAACAAGGUCAUCUGUCUCGUGAUUGCCCAUCGGAACCAAGCCAAGAGCGCAUCUGCUACAAGUGCAAGCAACCAGGUCACUUGCAGUCUGCCUGUCCCAAUGCCUAGGAUGGACCCCUUUUCGGCACCCCAGUCUCUCUUUUCCUUUCUAGUGCCAUUUCCGAAAAACAUGGUUCCAUGGAUGUCCGCUUCUUCAGCAUCACUCAUGAUGUCAUGACCAAAAAUGCAUUCUUACAAAUUCUACGACGAUUUCAAUACGAAAAGUGUUUCAUGCCGGUGGAUCGCGAACGGACUUUAUCCUGGGUAUCCUCAACCAUUAUACGGAUGUGGUGGACAAGGAAAGCCUUCUGCUGUGAGGCCAAGUGAAGUCCUGACGAUGGGAUUCGAAGGCCCUUUUUGCAGUGCAGACCCCAAAAAAUUUGCAGUGAUUGAACGGGGGAAGAGAACACGACGAGCAGAGCCCUGGGCUACAUUGGCAGCCAGCCCAAUACUCAAGACGAGACCACGGCUCGCUCACAAAAAUUAAUCAUCUUUGUUUCAAUAGGCCUCUUCUCCUUCGAGCCUUAGGACGGCGGGAGAUCGAAAUUCCGGCAAAACAGCAGCUUGACGGCUUCGGCAGGGACAAUGCUGUAGCAGAUCUCGGAUAUCUGCAGGAUUAGAAGUGCAAAUACGCAUGCAGAUGCAAUGAAUCAAAUACGUGGUGAAGCACACUGGGCAAAAUGCCUGCGCAGAACAUGAGCCCUAUGAUAUCAGACCCAAUCUCGUCAAGCAGCAUUCAAAAUUUGAUUCCUG